GAACACGUAAUAGGAAAACAAUUAUAAAUCAGUAGAUUCGAUAUUGUCACACUUCCAGCCAGCGUUCUGUACUUAAGCAUUUUUUUAAGCGCAGAACUUAAUUCAGUGGACUAUAUGCGAAUUUAUAAGCACCUAUUAGGCAAGACGAAAAGAGAAGCCGUCGAUUUGUAUUCCAAAACUCAACUUCGCAUAAUUCCCAAGACCAUGGCAAUGUGAAAGUCGCUUUACAUGAGUGGAUUUGUUCUUUAAUCUUGGAAACGCGUGGUCGAUUCGUCAAGAUGAUGAUACAAUCCUGGUGGAAAUGGUUCGCACCAUUACUCGUUUACUCUGAGGCAAAUAUUAUACCAAAUGUCACUACCACUAUGUCGCAGACUAUCACCCAAGACGGUAUUACAGUCACUGAAAUUUUGACAUCCGAUUGGACGGCCAUUGAGGAGGAGUAUGAGGACAUAUCUAACAGCAGUACUAUGGAGGAAGGCAUUAUAGAUUCUACAUUAUUAGCAACUUCAGGCAGUUUUCAUCAGCAUUCCAAAACCGGGAACAACACAAAUAUUAAUACAACACUGCCCUCUAACGGUACACCGUCUCAAACAGUAACCUCAUUAAGUAGUAGUAGCGAAUCAAUGAGUACGGGAAUCGUUAGUAGUACAGAGCAAAAUAGUAUAGCCACAAUAAAAAACACAACAAUCGUGUUUAAUUUUACAUUACCGCCCUCAACGGCUGAACCAGUUCCAAAAGUAAACAUAAAAGCAGACAAUAUAACAUCAAGAAAUUCGACGGAAAACAACGAUCCUGAAAGCGGCACUGUAAACACAACUGACACUGAUAUUGAAAAUAAAGACAAAGAAAUAAAUACAAAUAAACCUGCGAGACAUAAAGACACACUUUUAUCCCGAACUCGAGUAAUCAACAACAUAGCAGUAUGGAUAACAGCAGCAUUUGUCGUCAUUAUUUGUUCAUACAUCAUCGGAUUGGUGGUCUGUAACAGACAAAGAACCGAAUGGCGAUUACAGUUGCGGCGGUACGUACGUUUUGAAAAUGGCACUGAACCGGAAUUCCAGGCUGAUAGAGACUGUUAUAACCAGACCAAUUGUGGAACAAAUAUUUUUACAGAAGAAGAGAAAUACAAUUAGCGUUACAAUAUUGGACUUGGAAUAUCACAGUUUCAAGAUCACAAGUUUUGAUGCAACAUAUUAACAGUAUUUUAACUUCCACGAAUUGAUGGCUUGUUUCUAUCAUUUUAUACUGAAAUACACUGGAUACGUACUUUGAGU